AUGAUCGCUAUCUUCAUCCUCUCUGUGCUAUCGCUCUUCGGCCCUGUGCUCUACUUCUCUGGCCCUAUGUCUGCUCUGGUAUCAUCAAUACCGGCUCCAGUCAUCGCGGCCAUUGUGUUCCCUAUCGUCCUAUUCAUUGUCGAUCAGCUCAAGCUCGAAGUCGACCCAACUGCCGAAGCGCUCUCCGUCGCCCAGUGUGCCAUCCGGACACUAUUGCACAAGGCUGACGUCAACUCUAGCCAUCUACUUGCCGCGGAAGAUGCUCUCAAGGACGCACAGCAAAUCAUCGACAAACUCAAAUCUCAGAACGCCAUCUAUGAGUCCAGCAACCAUAACCUUCUCCGACGUUGCUUGGAGCAGGACAGCACCAUCGCCGCCGUCAUCGACGAACGCAAUUCCGCUCUCGCUAUCUGGACUCAAGAUAACACACACCUUCAAGAACGAACCAUCGAACUUGAAUCACUCUACCUCUCUGCGUACAACGCCAAGUCCGCCCUCGAAUCCAAGAAUGCCGCGCUGCUUGCUCAACUGGGCGAGGUGCAGUCUGGCGUUUCGGUCCUCGCUCAAGAGAACGCCCAUCUCACCGAGGACAACCACAACAUGAAGGAGUUGUUGGACAACCUUGUUCAGCAGAAGUUUGUUUCGGAGAGGCGCUACCAGGUUCUCCAGGGUGAGGUCAAGGACCUCAGGUUGGAGAAUUCUGUUUUGGUGAAGGAGAAGAGGGAGGAUAGCGAACGUCAUCGUCACAGCAUCCAGCACCUCGAACUCACCAUCGCCGACAGAACUACCGAAAUCAAUCGCCUCUCCACUCGCAUCGAAGAAUCCGGCAAGGUCAACGAGGACCUCCGCCACAACAUUAAGAACCUCGAACUCACCGUCGCCGACAAGGAAGCUACCAUCAAGGCUUUCGCCGCUUCUGCUAUCACAGACGACCAAGUCGAGCUUCAACUGAAGAAUACUUUUGCCAUGCUCGACGACUUGCUCGCAUCCGCCGCCUCCAUAGACUCAGAGGACUGCCAUUCUGCCUUCUCCGACUCUGACUCCGACUCCGACUCCAACGAGUCUCUUCCCGCUCCCACUCUUGUCGGUGAAGCCAUCCGCACAGACGAAGCCAUUAACGGCUACACGCCGAUAGAGGGGGAGGAGCUGUGA